AUGGCUUCAAGAGCUGCAGCUGGCGCCCGUCCAGGUGCCAGGUUUGCCCAGUUCAAGCUCGUUCUGCUAGGAGAAUCCGCUGUUGGAAAGAGCUCUCUUGUCCUUCGAUUUGUCAAAGACCAAUUUGAUGACUACCGUGAAUCAACAAUCGGCGCAGCAUUCCUUACGCAGACCAUUUCCCUAGAUGAAAGUACAACUGUUAAGUUCGAGAUAUGGGAUACUGCUGGUCAAGAAAGAUACAAAUCUCUAGCACCAAUGUAUUAUCGGAAUGCAAACUGUGCCGUUGUUGUUUACGAUAUCACUCAAGCCUCCUCCCUCGACAAAGCCAAAUCGUGGGUGAAGGAGCUUCAGCGACAGGCAAACGAGAAUAUCAUUAUUGCCCUUGCCGGUAACAAACUAGACCUGGUCAUGGAUAGCCCGGAUAAGCGUGCGAUCCAGACGGCAGAUGCCGAAGCCUAUGCGCGUGAAGCCGGUUUGCUCUUUUUCGAAACCUCAGCCAAAUCUGCGACAAACGUGCGAGAGCUGUUCACGGCUAUUGCGAAGAAGCUGCCAUUAGACCAGGCUGGACCGCGAAAUCUACGGUCCAACCCUCGUCCAGGGGUCGAUUUACGCCCAGAGGCUGCGGGGCCGCAAGCAAACAACUGCUCAUGCUAG